UUUCCUCCUCCUCCUUCCUCACUCCGCCACUCCAACUCAAAGCAAAAUCCCAAUUCAAAAUAAUAAUAAUAAUUAUUAUUAUUAUAAUAAUAAAAGAAAAAGGAAAAUGCGUAUCGCCGCUGCUCUCGUCUUCUUCCUGAUCUCGCCUCGUCAUCGGUUCCAAGCUCCGCCUCCGAGCAGCGAGCCCCUUCCCGUACAAAAACUCCCUGAACAAUCUCCGCCCCGCCGCCCGCCCGCCGCCGCCAACCGAAGCGGCCUCCCCUCCUCGUUCUCCCCUUCGAAGCGCUACGAGGGCUCCUCCGACCUAAUCCACCUCCGCUACCACAUGGGCCCAGUCCGUCUCCUCCCGGUCACCUCUACCUAUCUGGUACGAGCCGCUGGCCGCCGCCUCCCGCUCCCUCAUCCGCGACUUCCUCCUCUCCAUCUCCUCCCCUCCCCGCCUCCCCCUCCCCUCCCAGUGGUCCUCCACUGCGCCGCUCGUACUCCGACCAACCCUCAUCCAACGUCACCGCGCUCCUUCACAUCCGCUCCGAGCGACUCGCAACGCCAACCUCACCCGCGGCCGGGACCUCACCGCGCCUCUCCAUCAGCAGGUCAUCGCCGACUCCGUCGCCUCCGGCCGCCUCCCGUCGACCACCGCCACGGCGUCUACCUCGUCCUCACCGCCGAGAUCAGGGUCCAGGAGUUCUGCCGCGCCGGCGGCUUCCACUACUUCACCUUCCCUCCAUCUCGCCACACCCUCCCCUACGCGCGGUGGGCAACAGCGGGGCCGCAGUGCCCCGACGUCUGCGCGUACCCCUUCGCCCUGGCCCGGGCUACAUGCCGGGUCGGGGAUAGGACGAUGAGGCUGCCCAACGGCGACGUCGGCGUAGACGGGACUGGCUGA